AUGUUCAUCAAGCCUUUGUUUCUCCUUGCACUUGCCAGUGUCCUGGAAACGACUCUGGCAUGGCCUUUCAGACAUGGCCACCUCGACUACAGCUUCAGCACACUGACCACCAUACCUGGUACUCAGACACUCGAGAACCUCGCCAUCCGAGACAACGGCGACAUCCUCGUCACCUCGGUCUCGAACAACACGCUGUACCUCGUCUCGCCUCAGAACCCAUCGCCUGUGGUCUCCGUGGUCGACUUCCCCGUCUUGGGGCUGUUGGGAAUUGCUGAAUUGGGAAAAGACAUAUUCUAUGUGAUCGGGUCUGACAUUUCUGGCGUGGCGGUGGCUCCCGGAACGAACAAAGUCUGGAAGGUGGACUUGACGGCUUUCAAAUCAUCGAACGGUGCUGUUAUUGAACCUCCGGAUGUCUCUUUGGUGGCCAAGGUCCCGGACGCUGGGACAUUGAAUGGCAUGACGGUGCUUGAUCAGUAUCACUUGCUCUUGUCAGACUCUCAGCUUGGACAAGUUGUCGAGCUCGAUGUCCGAACUGGUCAAUACUCGAAAUUCUCCAACGAUGCAACGAUGGCGCCGUUGUCUUCGGACGAUGGAAAUCUAGGAAUCGGCGUCAAUGGCAUCCACAUAUUCGGCCGUAAGCUCUACUUCACCUCCCUCGAUCAAGGGCUUUUCGCAUCUAUCAACCUCGACUGCCCAACGGACCCAGCAGAGAUUAUCGCCAGAGAUCUUGGCGUCGCAGACGACUUUGCGUUUACGAAUGGUGGACGAACAGCUCUCAUCGCCAACAAUGGCCCGUUUACGCUGACUGAGGUGGACAUCUCUCGAGAGUCUUUGCGGCUUAUCAACUCGACUGCCCUCCAGAGGGCUUCGGCGGUUGCGUUGAGCAAGGGUCCUGGGAAGACGAUUUAUGUAACAGGGGCGGAGAGUACGAUUGGGAAUGACACUAUUGGAAGGUUGGCGAUUGGUGUGCCUAAGCAUUGA